AUGGAAACCCUAGACUCCGAACCAUCGUCUCCUUCAACAACAAUUCAUUCCAAACCUCAAAUCUCUUCUCCACUUCCAUCGUCGAUGCUCAGACUGUGGAGACAAGCUGCCCAGCGAAAUCUGAGGAACCAGUGGUCACAAUUGGCGUUGCUCAAGGAUCAAUGGUCCGAUAUUUCUUCCACCGCAAGAUCUCACGCUUCAGCUCUCGUCAAUGCUCACCUUUCUCAAAGGUACAUGCCUGAUAUGAAGUUGGGUGUUUUGAGCAAUAUGUCUGGUAUAAGAAAGAAAGCUUGUUUUAAACUAUUCAACCAGCAGAAACUUCAGAGGAGCCAAUUAUUGUUGUCUUAUAAGGACAUGGUGGGCGUUGUAAGUAAAAUGGUCAAUGUUAGCAGAUCAAUGAAGUGCUUUUUCAGAAGAUCAAACAAUAGUUCACUGUUACAAUUUUCUCAUUACUCUAUAGACCAGAGUGACUCUGGUGAUAGUGGAGAUGGUGGUGGAAUUCCAGUAUUUGCAUUCUUCUCAAUCUCUUCGCAUGAGAAAUUGGUGGAGGAGCUGGUUCAGAUGUUCAGAUUGGAACUGUGUUUGAAGCGCCUACUUGUUCUUGAAUUUAUGUUCAUUGGUGAUGAUGCUUCACAAGUAAACCAGUUGCAUUGGUCAUCUCAGAUUUAUGUUGAUGAAUUCAAAGAUUUGAAUGACUGCAAUCUGUUUUGUGAGGUGACUUGUGGACCAGUUCCACCAAGAUUGAGGGAGGGGAAAUCUGACAUGGCUACUUUAAGAUUCGACAGCCGACCUAACCCAGAGGUUUUACAGGUUUAUUUAACAACGGGGCUUGCGGGGGUGAACAUAAACACUUCCAGGGUUAAUGAGAUAUUUGAAGUUGUUGGGGAGGAAAUGCACGUUAGCAUAGGUUAG